AUGACAUUUAGAGUGAAUUUGACAGGUCCAGCACCAUGGGGGUUUCGUAUCUGUGGAGGAAGAGACUUCAAGAGGAAUCUGACCGUCUCAAAGGUUCAUGAAGGCAGCAGGGCAGGCGACGCUGGACUGCAGGCGGGGGAUGUUAUAUUGGAGAUUAAUGGUCAGGAUACUGGAGCAAUGUUGAAUGUGGAGGCUCAGAACAAAAUCAAGAUAAAUGAACAUCAGCUUUGUCUUCUUAUUGAAAGACCUGCACAAACAGCUGUCAUGCAGCACUGUGGUCACCCUGAUCCAAGACUCCCUGUUAAUUCGGAGCCAUCAGUCAGGCCAAAGCAGACCCAUGAGUCAGUACAGGGCCAGUCCAAGAGUUCUCAAAGCUUCAGAUCCCCACUGGAGAGAAACUGCAGUCGAAACCAGCUGAAACAACAUGAUCAGAAGGAUUCCGCCAUAUCAGGACGCAACCUUGCAUCUGAUUGGAUUCCAACAUGUAAAUCACAGACCACCAAGAAAAUUGUAAGCUUUAAUUAUCCAGUAUGGAGCUACGGUCCUGUUGACCCUGAAGAGCUCAGGAGAAUAAAGAGUAUGCAAGUUCAACCUCAGCGGCCCAGACAGUCCAACACUUUCAGAAUACUACAGGAGGGACUAGAACGAACAUCACAGCCAUCUGGAGCGAUCCAGCACAGUCAAAGGUUCCGCACUUGUGAGAGAUGUGGCUUCGUCAUUGUAACUCAGGUGGGAAUCAGAGAAGGACGCUACGACACGUGGAGUGUACACCUCAGGGAGUAUCAGUCCUGGAGCGAGGACACUUCUGUGUGGAUAAGGAGCUGUACUGUGGGAAACAUUUUUGGCAGAGAUGCCACCAGGGCUGGACUGGGACAAAAAAAUGGCCCUGGCAUUUUUGCUCAGACCGGCCCACCACAUCGGUCGGACACCACCCACCAGAGUAUUACAAUUAAUUGGUAG